AUGGACGAGCAGCCUCGGUUGAUGCACUCCCACGGGGUAGGCAUGGCCGGACACCCCGGCCUGGCGCAGCAUUUGCAGGAUGGCACGGCGGGGACGGACGGAGAGGGGAGGAAGCAGGACAUCGGAGACAUAUUACAGCAAAUUAUGACCAUCACAGACCAAAGCUUGGACGAAGCACAGGCGAGGAAACACGCACUCAACUGCCACAGAAUGAAACCUGCCCUCUUCAACGUCUUGUGUGAAAUAAAAGAGAAAACAGGUAAGCGCCUCCGUUGA